CUGUAUAUAAGCUGUUUAGCUUCCGAUGAAUUCAAAGUGGAUAUUCCGAUCGACGACGAGCAGCGGAUUGGCGCCGUUUGUAAAAGGUUCAACGAGCAGCUAAUAUUUUCUCCGUGUGAUACGCACAUUGCCUAUACGGUGAGGGAUCCAGUGUUCAACGCCACCUUUCCACCGUUUCCCGCUAGAGGCUUCGCCAACAGCAUUACGAUCAAGUCCAGGUGCUAUGACGCUCAUCUGGUCAUCGACGGUGGAAUGUCUUACAUCUUUAAUGACGGCGCUAAGGCUGAAUUUCGUAUUUUUCCUCAAGAUGCUCUGCGAACGGUCGCCUUUCGAUAA